GUACGUAACCAUCUCCGUACUCAAUGUUCAGCCUUACAAAAUACAAUUGACAAGAGACAAGCUCUAAGUGAGCUUCUACUUGGCGUUGGAGAGCUAUACUUUUCUCUAGCCUUGCAAUAACUUGUUCGCGCUCGAUUAUAGUGUCGUACGAUUUGGACCCCUACGGACGGACGAACGAACGAACGAACGAACAAUUGUCAUCUUGUCGCGCCUCUAGCCUCCACGAGCGAUAAUUAUAGACGGGAGCUUUGGAAUCAAACCAGCUUGGUACUUUGCAUGGGAGGCUUUGAGAUUGCGUUUGUAAUUCUGGCCGAUACGCCUUGAUCGCAUUGCUCAUUAUAUCCCUUGGUGUAAAGUAUCAACUAGCCUUCUACCAUGCUCUUUUAAUAGGAGAACAUAAUAUAACACCGCCGACACCAUGGGCUCCACACUUUCUGUAGUCAAGACACUCAUAAUACCUGCGGUCAUCUCCCUAAUACUCUUCCUCUUAUCCAAUUAUCUCCUCGUUCCAUUAUGGCGGCAUUACCAAACUCGAUAUAGCCAAUACCUUCCUCUCGACACGAUAUCAAACCACACCUCGACUUUACGCGGCAGAGUUCAAGACGCAAUGGCUCGUUGGCUGGUGCCAUCGCGAUGGCGAUUCAAUUCGCGCGAUCGUGUCGUAGUAGGAGCCGAUGAUGCUUCUAACCUAAGUUUCAGCUCCGAAGAAGGCGAAGAAUUAGACGACGUGGAUGAUGAUCGCCGACAUGCACUAUCAUUAGACGCACAUGUCCCGGUACACACAGAUAGUAUACGAAGGUUAAGCAGAGAUUUAGAAGAAGGCUUCCGAGAUGAUAGCGACGAGGAGGACGAUAAUACACGUCGUGUUAGACGGUAGUACGCCUCUCGUCGUUAAUUAGUACAGGGGUUAGACUUGGCGGCAUGAUUUUAGAGCGAUUGCAUUUUCUUCCUGGGACAUAGGACAUUGCUGUUCGAAUGCUAAAAACAUUGGGGAACGGCUGAAUCAAAAAGCAGUCAUAGUUCGAUUGGGUAUGGAUUAUACCAGAGCGAACGUGACUUGGCAGGAUCUUGUAACCAUAUUUAGUGAGUUUGGAGUCUUGAAUAGAUCCUCAUCUUCGAGAUGCAGCCUACACGUCUCAAUUGAGGCGAUACAUGGACGUCUUAAGAACGACAACUUGGACUCUAUUGAAUUUGUUG